AUGAGUGUAACUAAUCUUAGCGAAGAGACCUUUAAAUUUAAGUAUAUCGCAAUUGAGAAGGACUCUGAAGGCUGUGGCUUUCCUGUCCCAUUGAAAUUUGCGGACUAUAAGGAUAAAAAGAUCGUUAUCACAGGCGCUCCAGCUGCGUUUUCCCCUACUUGUUCUAUCACGCACAUCCCAGGCUACAUUGAGAAACUUCAACAACUACUGGACAAGGGUGUUGAUGAUGUUUUGGUGGUGACCGUUGACAAUCCUUUCGCUAAUAACGCUUGGGCUAAACAAUUGGGUAUUAAGGACACGAGUAAUAUCAAGUUUGUUACAGAUCCAGCAUGCAAGUUCACCAAAUCACUUGGGUAUGAACUUGAUGGCGGUGACGGUACAUUUUCCUGUGGCCGUUAUGCUGUAGUUGUUGACAAAGGUAAGUUUAUCUACUCAGAACAGGAGGAGAACCCAGCCUCCGAAGUGACGAAGUCCGGUGUUGAUGCAGUGUUGGCUGUAUUGUAA